AGAGUGUGUGUGUCUCCGACAGCGGUGCCCAGCGGAGGAAUAUUGAGCUUUUUUUUAUUUACUCUGCAGCUUGUUGUUCAUUUUCUCUGCGUUAUGGUGAACUUGGACAGUCACGUGUGAAGAUCUCUGCAAACACAGAGGACGACGACUUCUCACCUGGCGUGUCCCUUUGACUUUACCGCGAGGAAAAUAUACCUGCCAUUUUUUUCUGAUAGCUGACAUUGCUGGACUCCAUCUACUCCUGUGACGGACAACAACAGCAAGUUCUCUCCCUUAGGGAUGAAAUAUGCCCUCUCUGCGCCCGUAGAAAAAAGCAGACGACGCACAUUGUAAAGUCCAAAGUGGUUUUAAAUCAUGAUGAUGCAGGAGUCGGCCACAGAGACAAUAAGCAACAGUUCAAUGAGUCAAAAUGGAAUGAGCACCCUAAGCAGCAGCCAAUUAGAGGCUGGCAGUAGAGAUGGGAGAUCAAGCGCUGGUGACACGAGCAGCGAAGUAAGCACAGUCGAGCUGCUGCAUCUGCAACAACAGCAGGCACUACAAGCAGCGAGGCAAUUACUCUUGCAGCAGCCAGGCAGUGGCCUGAAAUCUCCAAAGAGCCAGGACAAGCAGCGUCCACUGCAGGUUCCAGUGUCAGUGGCCAUGAUGAGUCCCCAGGUGAUCACGCCGCAACAGAUGCAGCAGAUCCUCCAGCAGCAGGUGCUCUCCCCCCAGCAGCUCCAAGCUCUGCUCCAACAGCAGCAGGCUGUAAUGCUGCAGCAGCAACAUCUGCAGGAGUUUUAUAAGAAACAACAGGAGCAGCUUCAUCUGCAGCUUCUCCAGCAGCAGCACCCUGGCAAGCAGGCUAAAGAGCAACAGCAGCAGCAGCAGCAGCUGGCCGCCCAGCAGCUCGUCUUCCAGCAGCAGCUCCUGCAGAUGCAGCAGCUCCAGCAGCAGCAGCACCUGCUCAACAUGCAGCGGCAGGGCCUGCUCUCACUGCCCGGGCCCGCUCCCGGCCAAGCCGCGCUGCCCGGACAAACCCUGCCGCCGCCAGCCGGCCUGAGCCCCGCCGAGCUGCAGCAGUUGUGGAAGGACGUGACCGGAGGCGGUGGUCACGGUAUGGAGGACAACGGCAUCAAACACAGCAACAGCGGCAGCGGCACCGGCGGAGGGGGCGGCGGCGGCGGCGGUCUAGACCUCUCCACCAACAACUCUUCCUCAACUACCUCCUCCUCCAAUCCCGCCAAAGCAUCGCCGCCCAUCUCUCACCAUUCCAUCGCCAACGGACAGUCCCCCGCCCUCAACCACAGAAGAGAGAGGGAACGAGAACGGGAACGGGAAAGGGAGCGAGAGAGUUCACUACAUGAAGAAAGUGGAGGGACCCACCCCCUGUACGGUCAUGGUGUGUGUAAGUGGCCCGGCUGCGAGAACAUCUGCGAGGACUUUGGACAGUUUUUGAAGCACUUAAACAGCGAACAUGCCCUCGACGAUCGGAGCACAGCCCAGUGUCGAGUCCAAAUGCAAGUCGUACAGCAGCUGGAAAUACAACUUUCUAAAGAACGUGAGCGUCUUCAGGCGAUGAUGGCCCACUUGCACAUGCGGCCCUCGGAACCCAAGUCAUCUCCCAAACCACUCAACUUGGUGUCCAGCGUCACCAUGUCCAAGAACUUGCCCUCGGCAUCGCCCCCCAACUUACCUCAGACCCCGACCACGCCCACAGCACCUAUCACACCCAUGGCCGCCAUGCCCCAGGUGCCGUCGGUACUGGGAGGAGCCAACGUGCCCAGUAUGGGAGCCAUGCGCAGACGCCACUCGGACAAAUACUCCAUGCCUCUCUCGUCAGGUGGUGACACAGUAUUUAUUUUUCCAGAGAUUGCCCCAAACUACGAGUUUUAUAAGAACGCAGAUGUCAGACCGCCAUUUACUUAUGCAACCCUCAUAAGACAGGCUAUCAUGGACUCUGCCGACAUGCAGUUAACGCUUAAUGAAAUCUACAGCUGGUUCACACGCACGUUCGCCUACUUCAGACGUAAUGCUGCAACUUGGAAGAACGCUGUUCGCCACAACCUCAGUCUGCACAAGUGCUUUGUGCGCGUGGAGAACGUAAAGGGGGCGGUGUGGACGGUAGAUGAGAUGGAGUACCAGAAACGCAGGUCGCAGAAGAUCACAGGGAGCCCAUCACUUGUCAAGAACCUGCCCUCCAGUCUUGGCUAUGGAAGUGCACUAAACGCCAGCUUACAGGCUGCCCUAGCAGAGACCUCCCUGCCUUUGCUGGGGACCCCCGGCCUCAUGAACAGCGGCUCCACGGGCCCCAUGGGAGGCAACUGCCACGGCCUCCUCGGCGGAGACCCGUCCAUCCUGUCGGGCGGAAGUCCACCCGGACUUUUGGGUGGAAGUCCACCCGGGCUGUUGGGCGGGAGUCCACCGGGACUGCUGGGCGGCAGCCCCCCAGGUACGCUGAGCGGCAGUCCCCCCACCCUGCUGCAGUCUGCCCACGAGGGUCUCAACGGCUCACUCGACCACCUGGACACCAACGGACACAGCAGCCCCGGAUACUCCCCACCAGUACACAUGCCACCCAUUCACGUGAAGGAGGAGCCACUUAACAUGGAUGACGACGACUGUCCGAUGUCACUGGUGACGACAGCCAAUCACAGUCCAGAGCUGGACGAUGAUCGAGAGCUGGAGGAAGGGAACUUAUCAGAAGACCUGGAGUGACAAGGAUACAGUUUUUGGCCGAUGUAUCCCCUCACCCAGCCGCACUGUUUCUCUCACACAGACCUCCUGCAAGACUAGAAACCACUCCACAGUCCAAGCAAAACCACAGCGGACUCUCUCUUUGUCUCUCUCACCACUGGGACUAUUUAUUGAGCAUGCAUCCGGAUUGGAGACCCGGUUCCAAAGGAACUCUUUGUUGCAGCCCUUUGGGAUCCCCCCCGAAACAUGACAGGCAUGAGAUGUCUGAUUAAAAGAAGUAACUCUUCGAGACAUAUUUCAUUAGAGAUGGCGUGGCCACAUACAGUACAAGGAUGAUGGACUCACGGAUUGGGGGUAAAAAACCUGAAACAAAUGAGCAAAUCAUGUUCCGUUGAAAGCUAGCGGCCUCAUAUACUGCCAAAAAGGAAGACGUUUUAUGUUUGUGAAUAAUCCAACCCCCCAGUAGUUGUUAAUGUCUAGAGACAAUUGCUGGUUCAAUUCAAGUUGUUGCUCUGUUAUCAUUUGCACAGGAGUAGUCUCAGAAAUUUGUGUCACUGCCUGUAUGUUGCUACUAUUAUGAAAACCAGUAUAUUAUUUUUUAGCUUUUUUUAAAAUUUUUAUUUUACCAUCGUUGAUUUCAAAAAUCUGAUUUUAGACACCACCAACUGUAAAUGCCAUUCCCUGAAUCACACCAGUAACAGAACUGCGGUACCAAGACUGUUGUUGCAGCUGUCCAGAGAAAAAAAAAGGAAAAAAGAAAAAAAAAGAAAAAAGUUGGCUUCCAGUCUAUUAUCUGUUUGUGGUUAAAAGUUAAAAAAAACUGGAAAUUGAGUUGGGGGAAAAAUAAUAGUUUGUAUAAAGCACCAUUUACAAAAACAUUUCCGCAUAAUUUUCUUCUCGCUGUUCUCCUUACCUCCUCGUUCUAAAGCUUUGUCUACCUGCAAACAGUCACAGGCAACAGCUAGAAACCAAAGCCAACACUAGCAAUGGCCAAUAGCUUAUAGACAGAAGCCACCAAACUCCUCUUGGUCCGUCUUCUGCGACUUUAAACUAGUACAAAGAGAAGCUUUUGUUCCGCAAACUACCUUCGAAUAACCUCUGGGAUUGUUUCAUUUAGCCCUAUACAAAGAUGAUCACGAGAGAGAGAGGGGGGAAAUACAUGCUGAUCUUGAUGUGUAAUUUGAUAAACUCAUAGAAUGUCCACUUUGGAGAUUUUCUGCCAGACGCAUUGUAGUUAAAAACAAAGGUGAUGUGAUAUUUGAACUGCAGGCAUUUUGUGCUUUGACUGGUAGAGAGCAGCUAACUGUAAAAGUGGAUCAUGACCAAAACAAAACAUUUGUGUAUUCAACGGAAGUGCAGAAACAUUGUGUUGUUGUGACAUUUAUUUUCAUUUAAUUUUUUUUUAACCUUUCGUUAUGCAUUACACAUCCGAUUUUUUAUUUCUAUUUUUUUUUUCUAACCUGGUAAAUAUGUAAUGUUCUAAGUGGGACUGUCAAAAAUAAUGUCACGUCUUAUUUCCGUGGCGGCUUUGUUCCGAGCCGUGUUGAAACCGAAACUGAAAACACCGCUAACCAAACAUGAAAAAUAUCUAGUGAAGCCAAAUAAGUCAUAAUUUCAAGUUGAUAUGAAAUGGCUUGGUUACCAUGUGAAAGCAAAUAAUAAUAGCCAUUGCAGAAGAGGAUAUCUAAGGUGAACGUUGACCUUUUCUAGGUGAUAUUUGCUUCAAGGUAGGGCUGGGGGAUAUGGUUAAGAUAGAUAAGUAUGAUACUUUUAAACCAAAUACCACAAUAUUGAUAUUGCGACGAUAUUGUUGGGUUGAGUAUUGGUGCUUUCGCAAAAUAUUUACACAAUGAGAUAUUUGAUAAAUUUUCAUCAAGUUCAGAAAAUUACAUUAUUUUACUGUAA